AGUCCGUUUGCCAAACUUUACUGCUUCUCUCCUGCCUUCCUUGUGUUUUCCGACUUGGGCUCGCUAACGUCCUCUUUUCGCCACCUGAUUUCGCGAUGCUAUCGGAGCGAGGGGGCAGCCUUUCGCUCCAUGUUCGGACUCGGGGCCGAGCGAGGCUGUGGUGAGGAGGAGAAGGUGGGGAAGGACGAGGAAAAGAUGUUUGGAUGGCGCGUGUCCAUCGCGGUGACGCUGGGCCUGCUUUGGUACUUGACCGACUCUGGUCGAACUCUCGCUCAGUAUUUUGUUUGUUUCUUCUUCCUUUGCCUUUCUACGCCGCUUUUGCUAGCCAAUAGCGGCCGGGAAAGCAGCACGCAAACCGACGACGACCCUUUGCAGGAGUCUCUUGAGCAGUGCUUGAGUAGCGACUUACUAACUUCAGAACAGGACGACAUGGACUCCGGAGGCUCGCUUGGGUGCCGCUAUCCUCAUGUCAAAAAAUCUCUACAGCACGUGUUUCAUUGCGCCUACGCUCGGCUGGUGUUGCCGUGGUACCACGUUCCGGAGCCGUGCGAACGCCAGCCGCUGCGCCGGGCGAUGGCCGUGGAAUUUGACUCCGUCAUCGACAGCAUUAUCCGGCACACGCGGGACUUAGACGUGUGCCAAGUGGCGGUGGGCUCCAUUCGCAUUCUUACGCAGCACUUGCAUGACGCCAAGCAGCCCGACAGGGAUCUUUUGUUGAGCUGCCGCGCCGAGGAGAUGGCGCUGCUCCGCGAGCUCUCGGACGCUCUGGUACGGAACCUGCUGCCUGAGCACCUGUGGGGCCAACAAUUGGCCCGUUGUGCUUUGACUGAGAUUGUUGCAUUGAAGGGUUUGGGCCUGUUGGUGACAUGGCUCUCUGACCCUGACAACUUGAACCAGCUGGUGGUGAGCCAGCUUGACAGCGUCUCUGCAAAAAGUUCUACGGAAGAGCUGAGCGCUUCUGACCCGGAUCAAGCCUCUCUGACUUCGCAGGAGGACGACAGCGCUCAUAUAAACAUGGAAGGAAUGGAAGAGUCUACCAGAACCAGGAUCAAGGGCAAGGGUAAAGGCAACAAGUUAAAGGCGGGCUGGUCCAAAUUUGUGGACAAGAUGAAGACUAAGAAGGCUAAGAAGAAGAAGAUGAUGAAAAAGCUGGAGCAGGAGUUGGUCAUGAGGAUCAUGGCCGCCCAGGGAGAAGCAUCCAAUGAAGACGAAGUCAGCAGCCGGGAAGGCUCCGUGCACAGCCAGCACGACUCUGAAAGGGAGGACAGCGAUCUGGAGAACUACCUGACAAGCGUCCAAGAGGACAUGAUGGAAUUCAAGCUGUCUUAUGAAAUGUGGCGCGUCGGCCGCUGGGCUGUCAGCAUCCCUCAUGCUGAGUGGCAAAAUGAGGAGCUAAUCUUCACAGUUCACCUGGAGGAGAGGGACAGCCCUGAGAACCUACAGUGGGACAUCAAGAAAACCUACACGGAUGUCAUCUAUUUCAGAAACAGGUGGCAGGACUCCACCAGCUUGUCCAGUAUUUUGGAGGUCAACGAGCUGGAGGUCAGUGACGAGGCCAAAGAAGAAGCAAAAGUUUCCGUGGAGUACUUUCUUCAGGAAUUAAUUUCUGACACCCUGAUUGGACACACGCAACCAGUGUUCCAGUUCCUCUGUCCACUGGACAAGCUGCUAAAUGAAGAGCAGCAUUACGGAGGCGUUUGGGGCCUGCUGAGCGGCUUGGCCUACUUCCUGACACCCGGGCAAGAAGACGAAGAGAGCUCAACUCUGCCAAAGGAAACCUCCAAAGAAAUCCUCACAACAGCAGAAGGAUCGGAGACCUUUCGCAGCUCCUCUGAGACGAGCUGCACCGCUACUGGCGUUUCAUAUCCCACCAUCGUCAUCUCCUCGUGCGAGACGCCCGAGAGAGACGUUGAAGAAACUGAAAAGGAACGGCGCCCGUCUUUAGGCUCAGACUCUCCCAGCGGAAGCUGUUCCCAGGAAAAAGGGGAGGAUUUUGAGGAUCCUUUAGCGCACUUUAAAAUGAUCCUCAGGGGACUCACCCGAUCCAGAUCGCAAGACUCUCUGGCCUCUGCCAAAAACAACAGCGACGAGGAGUUGGAGUAUGCGCCAAGCUGUAGUCGAGAAGGAGGCCUUCACGGGGAGGAUGCCGCCAAUGGACCGUCGUGGUUUCAUUUCAAUGCCAGGGCUAAGAAGGAGAAGACAAGCCCCAGGGUGUCCUGCGGGAGUAACAAAUCCAAAGGGAAGGAGCAGGCACUCUCGGCUAGGGGGGACGAGCCACAGUGUGCGAGAAGUCAAGGCACCUGGGAGCGGCUGGAGGCCACCAAAGCCAUUUUUGAUCUGCUCAAAGAAAUUUCAGGAAACUCCAUUCUCAUUAACAUAUUUGACGCCAUUUUGAAACCCGUCAUGCCCAUUUUGAAAAAGAAAGUCAACUCCUUCUUGAACAGAAUGAACCCGAGCGAGGAGCAGAUGGCGGCGUACAUCCAAACUCUGUGCGACAAAGCGUGGCCGCAGACCCCCGCGGCCGCUUCGCCGCCACCCCCUCGCACAGAUGAGGAAAAAAGCGAGACUCGAGAGCGGGCGCACCACCUCAUCAGCGCUCGAUAUUCGCACUAUCUGGUCCUCAAGAAGACGGACAUGGAGACCGUUUUCAAUCUCUUUCAGGACACUCAGAACAACAAAGCACUCGUUUAUAUGCUCUUGUCAUUCCUCCUGCGAGAAUUAUUCCCUCAUGAGCAUUCUAUGAAUCGGAGUGCUGCCGCCCUGCAGAACGUAACCAACCUCAUUGCCUGAUCUGUGAAAGUCUUUUUAAUGCUGCUUUUUUUUUUUUAUAUAUUAUGUAUAAUUAUUUAUUGAACGCCCUGAAAUGCCUUAAAAACUUUGAGAUCGCAUCAGUGCCAGUCAACACUUUCUGAUUGUAUUUACCUCAAAUUAAACAUGAAUGUAAAUUUU